AUGCCAUUUAGCCUAAAGAAUGCAGGUGCAACAUAUCAAAGACUAAUGGACAAGGUAUUCUAUCAGCAGAUAGGUCAGAAUAUGGAGAUCUAUGUAGAUGACAUGGUGGCCAAGACUCCAUCAGAAGGAUCGCACUCUCUUGUUACUGAGACAGGAAAAGAACAAAAAUCGGUAUACUUCGUUGGUAGAGUCAUGCAACCAACAGAAAGAAGAUAUCCCAGAAUAGAACAAUUUGCCCUGGCACUGAUAACAACAGCAAAGAGACUAAGGCACUACUUCCAGAGCCACACAAUAGUUGUAAGGACAAACCAACCAUUAAGGCAGAUACUGACAAAGCCAGAAUUGACAAAACAGUUAACCAAAUGGCCAACUCUGAAAUCACAGAUCUUGGCAGACUUUGUUUUUGAACUUACAACCAAUGAGAAGCAUGAUGAACAGGUUUGGGAGUUACAAGUGGAUAGAGCAUCAAACCGCGAGGGGAGUGAAGCUGGGAUAAUACUAAAGGAAGGAGAAACAGUAAUGGCCGAACAGUCCAUUCAAUUCCAUUUCUCGGCAAGCAAUAACCAAGCUGAGUAUGAGGCGCUCAUAGCAGGUCUAAAGCUCGCACUCAGUUUCCAAGUACAUCGCCUAAUAGUAUACUGUGAUUCCCUGUUGGUAGUCAAACAAAUCAAAAGAGAUUUCCAGGUAAAAGAUCCUCUGUUAGAGUGGUAUUGGCUCAUAGCAAAGGAUCUUAUUUCAAAGUUUGAUAAAUCCACUAUAUCGCAUGUGCAUAGAGAGAAGAGCACUAGAGCAGACAUAUUAUUUAAACUUGCCGCUACUAGAGCAAACACACACACGUCGGCACUAGCACAACUUACACUAGAAAAUCCAAGUAUCGAAUCAUUAUGCAUAAUGAAUAUCACUCAUACAAACAACUGGAGAAUACCUUUUCUUGAAUAUAUUAGUGCAGGGAUCAUUCCCAAAAACGAGACUAAUCCUCAAAUCUUUAGACGAAAAGCAAGUUUUUAUACAACUGUGGCAGGAGAACUGUACAGACGAGGUUUCUCGUAUCCACUACUAAAAUGCCUUCACAAGAACAAAGCCAACGAAGUCAUGACCGAGGUCCAGGAGGACGUGUGUGGCAACCACAUAGGAGGCCGAGUACUGGCAGCCAAAAUUAUCCAAACAGGAUAUUACUGGCCAACAAUGAAAAGGGACUGCAUAGUGAAGGUAAAACCAUGUGACAACUGUCAAAAGCAUGUCGCUAUUUCAAUGAAGCCUACCAAAUUGUUACGCAGCAUGGAGGUAAACUGA